AUGAGUGAGCCACUAGACCAUUUUGCAAACGCUUCUGAUUUCCCCGAUUACGCCGCUGCUCUUGGAAACUGCACUGAUGAGAAGCUCUCACUUAAGAGCCACUAUCUCCCAGUGAUUUACAGCAUCAUCUUCCUGGUGGGCUUCCCGGGGAAUGCAAUGGCGAUUUCCACGUACAUCCUCAAAAUGCGGCCCUGGAGAAGCAGCACCAUCAUCAUGCUCAACCUGGCAUGCACGGACCUGCUGUACCUCACCAGCCUGCCUUUCCUGAUUCACUACUAUGCCAGUGGGGAGAACUGGGUCUUCGGGGACUUCAUGUGCAAGUUCAUCCGCUUCGGCUUCCACGUCAACCUGUACGGCAGUAUCCUCUUCCUCACUUGUUUCAGCAUCUUCCGCUACUUUGUGAUCAUUCACCCGAUGAGCUGCUUUUCGGUUCACAAGACACGGUGGGCGGUGGUGGCUUGCGUGGUGGUAUGGAUCGUCUCUCUGGUGGCCGUUAUGCCCAUGACGUUUCUCAUUACUUCCACCACCAGGACCAACAGAUCUGCGUGCUUGGACCUCAGCAGCUCUGAUGACCUCACGACGAUCAAAUGGUACAACCUCAUUUUGACAGCGACGGCAUUCUGCUUCCCCUUGGUGAUAGUGACACUCUGCUACGUGAUGAUUAUCUACACCCUCAACCAAGGACCAAGGACGCACAGCUGCCUGAAGAAGAAAGCCCGGAGGCUCACAGUCCUGCUUCUGCUAGUGUUUUAUGUGUGUUUCCUACCCUUCCAUAUCUUGAGGGUCAUUCGGAUAGAAUCACGCCUGCUCUCAGUCAGCUGCGCCACAGAGAACCAGAUCCACGAAGCAUACAUUUUCUCUCGGCCACUGGCUGCCCUCAACACCUUCGGGAACCUGUUACUGUAUGUGGUGGUGGGGGACAACUUCCAGCAGGCCGUCUGUUCCAUGGUGAGAUGCAGAGCAGGUGAGGCCUAGAGGAAGCCAAGAAAACCAGUUGCUCCUACUCGCCCUGACCUGCUUUGUUUCUCAGCCCCAAAGAAAAGCCUGCUGACA